AUGAUCAACACUUUCUUUCUCCCCGCCCUGCUCGCGCAGAAUUGGGAUGUCUUCGUUGUCCCUAUUCCUUGGGCUCCUCCUGAUACCUCUGACAGUGUCGGAAACCUCCUUGAUAUCCUCCCCCACCUUGCGGAUAUGCUCAGUUACUUCUCCAAGCUGCAUAGUCAGUAUGGGGACUUAGUCACGUUCACCCUACCCGGCUUCGGUCGCACCAUUAUCAUCGACCGACCGGAAUGGUUGGAACAUGUUCGUAAGAAUGACAUGGUUGUGUAUGGAAAGGGAGAGCGAACCCUCGUCAUGUUCACUGCGUUUCUCGGCGGGUGGAGCCCGUUUGGAGCCGAGGGUAUGCGGUGGAAGACGAGCCGCAAAGUGAUCAAGCCCAUCUUUGCUUCUGCUCAGUUUGAUGCUACGUUGAGAGCCAUGAAUGAGAUCCUCAUGCCGGCGAGAGAGCUGCUCUCUAAUGCGGCAAAACAAGAUGUAGUAAUAGACUUCAAUGAGUUCUUUGGGAGACUACUCGUGAUGAUAUUUUACAAAAUGGCACUAAGCUCCGAUAUUGCACUCUUGACACCGGACCCGUCCUGCCUUUCCGAGCCCCACAUGUUGUUGGCCGACGCUUCCACCCAGAAUAGCAUCUCCUCUGGACGUAUCUUCAAUCCGUGGUGGCAAUUUACGGAACAGCUCAACGGCGUCGGGGAGACGUUUGCUGCUGCGCGCGGACGAGCAGACAAAUUAGUAGACGAUAUUAUUGCAUCUCGACGGAAGAUGUCGCGCGAAGCUGCGGCUGCCUACGAUGACUUCCUCUCGACGCUUCUCCAGGGGACGGACGAAGUCGACCCGGUUCUCUUCCGUGAUUGUAUCAUUACCCUGCUCUUCGCUAGCAAGGACACGACACAGAACGCGCUCUCGUGGUCUCUUCAUGAAUUGUCCCGACACCCUGACUGGGUAGACGCGAUGCGCAAUGAAGCGCUCUCGCGCGACACCCAAGAACGGGCCAUUCCGUACGACAACCUCGCUAACUAUCCAAUCCACAUGGCGGUGCUUUACGAGACCUUGCGUCUAUGGCCAGGCGUGCCCAAGAACAGUCGUGUAGCUCUCCAGGACGACGUGCUUCCGGGAAUACCAGAACUUGGCUAUGGCCCUAUCAAAGUCGACAAGGGUGACAACGUAGCGUGGUCGGAUUUUGAGAUGAUGAAAAACGAAGCGGUGUGGGGUCCGGACGCGAAGGAGUUCAACCCGGCGCGACAUCUCGAUGCGGACGGCCAAUUUGUCAAACCUUCGCAGCCCAAGUUCCACGCCUUCGGCGCUGGGCCGCGUGCAUGCCCCGGCUCGCAAUCCGCUACCUACCAGUUCGUAGCCAUUUGGGCGAGCAUCUUGCCAUUCUUCGACAUUAAGCCGGUCGAAAUGAAGGACAGAUAUUGGUCUGAUGGACUGACGAUUUCUAUGCGUGAUCCACUCUUGGUCAGAUUAAAGGUCGACUGGUCAACCUAUCGGCUACAAUACUCGCGGGCUGAUGAGGAGACAAACGGGACCAGCCUGUAUAGCGGUGUUGGGGCGGGACUCAGCUACGCGGUAUAUUCUUAG